CCAUUGUGAAUUUUAGUUGCUUCUUUCACUUAGCGACUGAUGAGCGAUUAAUUCCAUCACGUGGUGUAUUUUUUUAUAUUCCUCAAAGUUGUUGAUUAUUGCAAACCAUAGUGUCUUAUUUGUUUAAGUUUUCAAAUAUUUCAAGCAGAUAUAUAAUAUAGGACAGAAGAUUUUAAAUAAGAUUUGCUGCAGCUUUGCUGAGCAUAACGAUUCGGAUAUGGAUUCAUUACCUUUGGAUCUACAAAAUCUUGUUGGAGAAAAAAAGCCUGUUGUACAAUUAGAGCGAAUUAAUCGUGAAAUAACCAAUAUUUCAGAGGAUUCUGGAUUUUCUAGUACUUCGGAUGGCUCGGUUAACUUGGAGUCUGGGGUUCCUACGAUAAAAGAAAAUAACAAUGCAAUUGAUAGCGAGGAGAUCAAGUUCGUUGAUGCUGAAUUUGUAACAAAAGAUCUUGGCAUUGACAUAAAGAAACGAAAACCAUUUUGGACAACAGAAUUAUUGGAACAGAAGCGUUUGGAUCGAGAAGCUUAUGAAAGAGAUAUUCAAGAAAAGCAAUAUAAACGAUUAAUGCAUUUAUUGACACAGAGUAAAGCAUUUACUAAUUUUAUGUCAACAAGAUUUAACGAGAGACUUAAAACUAAGAAUAAAAAAAUUGGUGGAAAACGAAAAUUAACUGCUGAGAACCAAGAUUCAUCCUCGCCAAAGAAAGAAAAAUUAAGCGCCGAUGCUAUUUUUAAGAUGAAAGAAAAUGACAACAAAAAGAAUAAACUAAGGCUUAGCGAUGACGAUAUACAAAAAGAGUUAUCAUCCAUGUCGGAGGAAGAUUCGAGUAACAAAGAGAAUAUUGACUUUUCGGAUAAUUUUGUUCAACCAAAAUAUUUUCUUGGAAAAUUACGACCUUAUCAGAAAGAAGGUCUUAAUUGGUUGAAGAUUUUGUAUGAAAAUGGAUUGAAUGGAAUUUUAGCAGAUGAAAUGGGAUUGGGGAAGACCGUUCAAAUAAUAGCUCUUUUUGCUCAUUUAAUAGAAAAACAAAUAUCUGGACCAUUUUUAAUUAUCGUACCGUUAUCAACACUUGGUAAUUGGGUAUCUGAGUUUCAACGUUUUGCUCCUAAGAUUCCCGUAGUAGUUUAUUAUGGUAGAAAUGAAACAAAGAACUCAAUUAAGGAUAAAAUUUCUAGAAGAGUACAUAUAUCAUCAUCGUGUAGUACACAUCCUGUGAUACUUACGACGUAUCAAAUGGUGAUGAACAAUGAUUAUUUCCUAAAAUUAUUUCAUUUUAAGUAUAUGGUUAUCGACGAAGCUCAACGAAUUAAAAAUACCAGGUGUCGAUUGUUGAAGAUACUAAAGCAAUUGGAGUCAGUAAAUCGUCUAUUAUUGACGGGUACUCCGUUACAGAAUAACUUAUCUGAAUUGUGGUCUUUGUUAAAUUUUCUUUUACCAGAUAUAUUUAAUGACUUGGAAGUAUUUCAAGCUUGGUUUGAUGCUAAACAAUUGCAGGAUGAGAAUGAAAAAAAAAAAUUAUUCAAACAAGAAGAAGAAAAACAUAUUUUGUCCACGCUUCGAGAAAUAUUACAACCUUUCAUGCUGCGGCGUUUGAAAGAGGACGUUUGCAAGGAUAUUCCUAUAAAUAAGGAAAUUAUAAUAUAUACACCUUUAACUGAACUCCAGUACGAUCUUUACUCAUCCGUUCUAAAUAGGCAUUUUAAUAAACAUUAUUCUGAAGAAUUGGAAUCUGUUAUUAUUGACGUCGACGGUGUAAGACCAAAGAGAAAGUGUACCAAUAAAAUUGAUUUUGAAAAGGGUUGUUAUAAGAGCAACAUCGGAACAAGUGAAACUCAAAGAAUUGGAAAUGCAGAUAUUAAUUCUGUAGAUUAUAAAGAAUGGAAUAAAUAUACAGAUGUAACGGAAAAAAAUGUUAAUUAUUUAAUAAAAAUAAAAUAUAUGAACUAUGUAUCGGUUUAUAAGCACAUAGUAAAUCAUCCAUAUAUACUUUAUAAUCCUCUAAUUGAUCCAAGCGAAGGGAAAACUAUAAAUGAUCUUGUUAAAGAUUCCGGUAAAAUGAUAGUACUCGAUAUGAUGCUGAGAAAGCUCAAGAGUAACAAUCACAAAAUUUUACUUUUUUCAACAAUGAGUAUGGUUUUAAAUAUUUUGGAGGAUUAUUUAUCUUGGAAAAACUAUAAGUACGUUAGAUUGGACGGAUCGGUACUACAUGCAGCACGUCAAGAAAAUAUCAAUAAGUUUAAUACAGAUCCAAAUACAUUUAUUUUUUUGCUUACUACCAAAGCCGGUGGUGUUGGUUUAAAUCUCACAGCAGCGGAUACCGUCAUUAUUUAUGACAGUGAUUGGAAUCCUCAAAAUGAUAUACAAGCUAUGGCACGUUGCCAUAGAAUAGGACAGACAAAACCAGUCGCUGUGUAUAGACUUUGUAAUAAAGGUACGAUUGAUGAGUUGAUAAUGAAACGUGCCAAUGCUAAACGAUUUUUGGAAAAAGCCAUUAUUUCAAAGGAAGAAUUUUCUGUUAAUAAUAAAGAAGAUAUUUUGAAAUUAAAAAAUCUUCUGGACAAUGAUGCAUUUAAAGUUUUUUAUACCGAUGCCGAACUAAACGAGUUAUUAGAUAGAAGUAAUUGGUAA